AUGCAUAUCGAAGAUAUAGAAGAUAAAAAAUCUGAUCAAUACGGUGUUAUUAUUGAUGCAGGAUCGUCAGGAUCAAGAGUCUAUGUUUAUAGGUGGCAGGAUCCAUCCUUCACCUUAAAAGAGGGCAGUGAUAAAGAACUCAAAUCCGUACCUCAGAUUUAUUUGAACAAAGACUGGACUACUAAAACUAGCCCGGGCCUUUCCAGUUUCGAGAAGCAGCCUGAAAAAGCUUUCAAAAAGCAUGUCAAACCACUCCUAGAGUACGCAGAGAAGCUGAUUCCCAAGGAGAAAGUUAGAGAAACUCCAGUUUUUAUCCAAGCCACGGCAGGGAUGAGGCUCCUUCCAAAAAAGAGGCGCGAGAAGAUAUUGAAAAAUGUCUGUGCUGAUAUGCAGCACUCAACAAACUUUCUAAUCAAAGACUGCGAACUACAAGUUCAAAUAAUCGAUGGUGAAACAGAGGGCCUAUAUGGAUGGACAGGCUUAAACUAUUUGCUAGGGAACUUUAAUGAAUAUGAUGUUUCUCAAGACUUUCAUCCAUCUUACGGUUUUAUGGAUAUGGGUGGAGCAUCUGCUCAGAUAGCUUUUGUGCCGAGUAAUAUCGAUGAAAUUAAAACGCAUGAUGAUGACAUUUCAACGAUAACAUUGAAAAGUAUAAACGGUGAUACACAGAAUUGGCGGGUAUUUGUGAGUACUUGGUUAGGGUUUGGUGCAAACCAGGCCAGAAUGCGGUACCUGGCUCAAUUAAUAAACGCGCUACCCGAAAAUACAAACGAAUACGAUGACGAUGACUUUUCAACACUUGAACUGACAGAUCCAUGUAUGCUGAGGGGAUCGAGAAAUACGUUUAAGUUUAAAGAUAAAGAAUUCCAAGUUUCAGGAUCAGGAAACUAUGAACACUGUUUAAAAUCGAUCUAUCCUCUCCUUUUGAAGGAUUUGCCAUGUAUGGAAGAGCCAUGCCUCUUUAAUGGGGUGCAUGCCCCUCAAAUAGAUUUCAACAAAGAUAAAUUUGUCGGAACCUCAGAAUUUUGGUAUACUGCAAAUGAUGUCUUUAAGAUUGGCGGAGAAUACAAUUUUAACGAGUUCAGUCAAAAGGUCAAAGAAUUUUGCGAGGCUGAAUGGGAUGUUGUCAAGGAUAGAAAUGAGAAAGGGAUGUAUAACAAUAUUCCUACGCAAAUUCUACUGGAAUCUUGUUUCAAAGCAAAUUGGGUAUUGAACGUUCUUCAUGAAGGGUUUGACAUGCCCAGAGUAGGUAUCGAGCUCCCUGCUGAGGAACACAAUGACGACGCGGAUGAGUAUAUUCCAGUAGCUGCAGCGUUUCAAAGCGCUGAUUCGAUAAAUGGUCAAGAACUUUCUUGGACAUUAGGAAGGAUUGUCUUGUAUUCCUCCUCUCUCAUUGAAUCUGAUGACAAAGAUCAUAAGGUGGGUAUCUUGCCUAGUGAUAAUGAAAUUAAUAGUUUCGAAAAGAGCUUUAUACCAGGCUCCAUUGGCACGAUUGAUGAGCUGUCAACAUCAAUAGGAAGUGUUAAAUCUUCGCCAGCCCAUUCUUUGCUUAUAGUUGGAGUUUUAAUCUUUCUUUGGAUUUUAGUGAUUAAAUUGCGCUGCGGCAAGCGGUCGCUUCCGUUGAGCGUGGGUGUUCUAUUUACUCAUGCAAAAUCUAAAUUUUCUAAGUUCAAAUAUUCCAGAGCACCGAGAGAUACUUUGGCAGAUCUCGAGGAGGGUUUUAGCCGUAGAGGUACUUACGAAAGUGAUGAUAGGGAGGGCUUCCAAUUUAGAAGCAGAAGCAUGAUGAACUUGAAUGAUUCAAAAUCGUCUCAUGAAGAAGAGUAUCCUCUAGAUGAGCGUAGCAAAAGUGCGACCUCGUCUCCCUCAAUAAAUCAGUCCGCGAAACUACGUACAGCAUUUUCUCUAGCAGAUUUCAGCAAGUUUACAAAUCCUAGAGAUAAAGAGAGAAAAAACAAACCCUUCAUCUGA